ACUGAUUCUAGUGGCUUUCCGUUACUACACUACAAACACAAAGUCCACUCUGAGUAGCCAAAACCCUUGUCCUUUAACCUUCCUCGAUGGUUGAUUCACCGCCGAUUAGCUGAAGACGAUAAAAGGCUAAAAGCUACAGUCUUUUUACGGCCCGUCUGAUUUUGUUGCCUUUACUUUUAGUCGCAUCAUAAAUGGCAUCCGCCGUUUUGUCCAAAGCCCUCUUUGCCUGUCGUGUCCGUCAAGGUGUAUCUACACGUUCACCUUCAUCGCUCUUGCAAAAAUCCCAAUUAUUGUCUUCUUUAUUCGCCCAGAAGAGGCCUUUUCACUCGUGGCAAGUUUCUUCAUGUUCGACAUAUAAAAUUCCAAGGUGUAUUUCACGUAGCAUAUCUUCAUCAGCAGUCGCGUCACAGGCUUCAUUCUCCACACAGUCCUUGUCGACUAAUGAGCCUGUUGUUUCAGUUGACUGGCUCCAUGCCAACCUCCGAGAACCUGACGUGAAGGUGUUGGAUGCAUCUUGGUACAUGCCUGAUGAAAAGAGAAAUCCACUUCAAGAGUAUCAGGUUGCACACAUUCCAGGUGCUCUUUUCUUUGAUGUCGAUGGCAUAGCAGAUCGUACCACAAAUCUGCCGCAUAUGCUGCCAUCCGAAGAAGCUUUUGCUGCUGCUGUUUCUGCUCUUGGCAUUGAAAAUAAAGAUGGCCUUGUGGUUUAUGAUGGAAAGGGAAUAUUCAGUGCAGCUCGUGUUUGGUGGAUGUUCCGAGUUUUCGGGCAUGACAGAAUUUGGGUUUUGGAUGGCGGGCUCCCGAGAUGGCGGGCUUCAGGGUAUGAUGUUGAAUCAAGUGCUUCGAGCGAUGCUAUCUUGAAAGCUAGUGCAGCUAGUGAAGCGAUUGAGAAAGUAUACCAAGGGCAGCGGGUUGGACCAAUUACUUUCCAGACCCACUUCCAGAAACAUCUCGUGUGGUCACUUGAACAGGUUCAGAAAAAUAUUGAGGAGCAAACACAUCAGCAUGUUGAUGCUCGCUCAAAGGCUAGAUUUGACGGGUUAGCACCAGAGCCUCGGAAAGGAAUAAGAAGUGGCCAUGUUCCUGGAAGCAAAUGUCUCCCCUUUGCCCAGAUGUUAGAUGGCUCACAGACACUCUUGCCUGCAGACGAACUCAAAAAGAAAUACGAAGAAGCAGGAAUCGCUUUGGAAAGCCCUAUAGUGACGUCAUGUGGUACUGGUGUGACUGCGUGUAUUCUUGCAUUGGGCCUUCAUCGAUUAGGGAAGACAAAUGUUCCAGUGUAUGAUGGGUCGUGGACUGAAUGGGGAGCAAAUCCCGACACACCUGUUGCCUCUUCACAAAAUGCAACACAAUCUGUUGAUGAUGAUGAUGAUGAUGAUGAUGAUCAUAAAGAA